GACAUACAGUGUACACGAACGUACGUACGUACAUGUACACCCAACGCUAUAUCCUUCCUUUGUGCGGGAUGCUCAAGGUACUUCCUCGUUUGUUUGCGUAUGAACCCACCUGCUCAUUGAGACGGCAGCAGCGGAUUGGACGAACCCGCAUCCAUAAAAAAGGAACCCGUGCCUGUCACACGGCAGUCUGUCAACAGCUAGCGACGACGGGAUUUACAACGUGCCAAGUACUGGCUCUGCUUACUGUAGAACGAUGAACAUCGACAACAAGCUGCAAAGCAUGGCAGACGGCGGAGACGCCCCGAAGCGUUCUGCUGAAGAUGGUGGCGGUCAGAACUUCAAGCGUGCCCGGGGAGGCUCCGGCUCAAAGUCUGGGGAAAUCGAGCUGCGUGUCCUGAUUGAGAGCAAGAAUGCUGGUGGCAUUAUCGGCAAGCGUGGUGAGAACAUCAAGCGUCUGCGUGCCCAGUACACUCCCCUUGUAGGCGUGCCCGAUUGCUGUGGGCCCGAGCGCCUGCUCACCGUCAAAGCAAACAAGGACACUGCCAUUGACUGCUUGCUGGAGUGUGUCGCUCUUCAAAAAUGUGAGGGGGUGCCGGAGGUUCGUCUUCUCGUUCAUCAAAGUCAUGCUGGAGCCAUCAUUGGACGUGCAGGCUUCAAGAUCAAGGAUCUCCGCACUAAGACUGGUGCAACCAUCAAGGUGUACACAGAGAUGUGUCCCAGCUCAUCGGAACGUGUUGUUCAAGUAUGCGGCACACUGGAAGUCAUUGGUGAAGCAGUUAGAGCCAUCAUGGAGGUGAUAGAGGAUGUCCCCAUCAAGGGCUUCAACCAGAAGUACGACCCCUUCUGUGCCAAGGAGUUUGUGGCACAUGGUUACGGGGGCUUUGUCUCCGAAGCCCCCUGGGAGGGUAACCGUGGUGCUCGGCCUGGUCGGGGUGGUGGUGGUGGUGGCGGCGGUGGCGGUGGAGGCUUCCGUCGAGGAGGCGGCGGCGGCGGCGGUCGCAUGGACUCCUACGGACCAAUGGGCGGUGGCGGCGGGGGUGGCGGAGGAGGUGGCGGCCGAGAUUUCGGGGCCGGUGGGGGCGGCGGUGGAGGUUUCUACCCGGAUGAUGGUGGUUUCAGGCGAGGAGGGUUUGGCGGUGGGCGAGGCAGGGGCGGAGACCGGGGAGGCCGGAUGGACAGAGGGGGUGGUGGUGGUCAUCGGAACUACAGUGACGAUUCAUUUGGUGGAGGUGCCGGUGGAGGGUUCAACCAACAAGGCGAUCCCAGCGGCUACCAGGGAGGCAAUUUUGGGGGAUCUGGUGAUUCAGGCGAGAUACUCACAAGCCAGGUGACUAUUCCUAGAGAGCUGGCUGGUUCCAUCAUUGGCACCAAGGGCAGCCGGAUCCAGGUGAUCCGCCAGGGCUGCAAGGCCAAAAUCAAGAUUGAGGAGCCCGAGGAAGGCAGCUCGGAUCGCAUCAUCACCAUCACGGGGACCAAGACCCAGAUAGAGAACGCCCAAUGGCUCCUGCAGUCCAGCGUGAGGCAGUAUUCUGGACACUUUUUCUAAAUGGGCAAGCGAGCUUGAGGGGCUUCAACACCAGCUGGACAUCAAUGCAUCUGGCAACACAUCUUCCUUCAGCAGGGAACACAGGAUGUUUGUAAUCGGCAUUUAUUGUCAAACUGGAGCUGCUGGCUGCUAGCAAUGUUACUGUACAUUGGAGUAAACCCAAGGGAUGCAUAUAAUGAUAAUUCCUAUGAAAGCAGUUGAUUAGUACCAAAUGCAACCGUUUAGCCAUUUUCCCUUCUGUUUUCCUCUAGCUUUUAGAAAAACAUGUAUUUUUGUGUGUAUAAUUUUUAUCGACUGAUUUGGUUUUUUUGCAUUCUUUGAAGUGCUGCUUGUGUACGCAGAUGAAAUGAAAUAAUGAAGAGAAUGUUUUGUUGAAAUUGAGUCAGCCUCUGAAAAUUUGAUUGCUUCUAGAAGUCUUAAUCCAUGUUGGUAUAUUGA